AUGCAGCCCCCUGGCCUCGAGGGGCUCCUGGCUGCCGGCGGCUUCGCAGGCGGUCAAGGCAGGAUCCUGCCGCCCCCACCGGCCCUCGGUUGCCCUUCGCCUCCCCCCGGGAUGAACCCCGGUUACCCGACUGAAGAAGCGGCCAAGCCGUGCCUUACGGCCCCCCCUGGCCCCGCCGCCCCGCCUGGUCCCACCGCCUCCGCUCCGUUGCCCUACGGGUACCUGGGUGGGGGUUAUUAUUCGUGCCGAGUCGCCCGCAGCGCUCUCAAAGCCGGCCCGACUCAGGGGCCGUUUCCCCCCGACAAGUACCUGGACCCCCCCACGGGCAGCGAGGACUUCCAAAGCCGUCCCGCAGAGUUGGCUUUCUACCCCGGUUACGGUGCUCCAUAUCAGCCUGUGGCCGGAUACCUGGACGUGUCGGUGGUGCCGGGGCUGGGCGGUCCAGGAGAGCCGAGGCACGAAGCGUUGCUGCCCGUGGAUGGUUACCAUCAGCCCUGGGCUCUGGGAGGCAGCUGGAGCGGUCAGAUGUGCUGCCCUAAGGAUCAAGGCCAGGCCGGCUACCUCCUGAAAUCCGCUUUUGCAGACGCCGCCGCUCCGUUGCCCCCCGACGGCUGCGCCUUUCGCCGGGGCCGCAAGAAGAGAGUCCCGUACAGCAAGGGGCAGCUGAAGGAGCUGGAGAAGGAGUACGCCAGCAGCAAAUUCAUCACCCGAGACAAAAGGAGGAAGAUCUCGGCAGCCACCAACCUUACGGAAAGACAGAUCACCAUCUGGUUCCAGAACAGGAGGGUGAAAGAGAAAAAAGUCGUCGCCAAAAUCAAAAGCAGCAGCGGUGCACAGUGA